GUCCAAAGAUCGCUGCAUUGUUUGCUCUAGGCCUGAGCUGCUAGGGGCAGAAGGAUUCUGGUUCGUUGCUCGUCUAACUCAUAAGGUGCUUCUAUCGACCUCUUUAGCAUCUCAGCAGUUAACCGCACCAACUUAGAUUUUGCCAGAGGGUCAAUAAAACGACUUUUACCGUGUGGAGCCAAUUUGGUGCCAGACACAAGCAAAGGGAGGGUGGAGACCUGAGACACUUCCUCAUCUUUGUUUGACCCAGUGCCCAUGUGCACAGGUCUGAAAGGAAAUCCACAUUUUCUCCUUGAGGGGUAAAUAAUGGAAAUCUGAGCUAAAGAUGGGACAGUCACAUUUUGGCAGCUUGUGUGUAAAAGAGAAAAAGCAAGAGGAGGAGAGAUAUGUUCGAGCCAAUGACAGACCUUCCAACCUGUCUUAUAACUAUGCUAACAAUGCCAUCCGGACCUCCAAGUACAACAUAAUCACCUUUCUGCCUCUUAAUUUGUUUGAGCAGUUCAGGAGGCUGGCUAAUGCCUACUUCCUCUUCCUCCUCAUCCUUCAGUUAAUCCCACAAAUAUCCUCUCUGUCCUGGUUCACCACAGCUCUGCCGUUAAUUUUGGUGCUGUCCAUGACAGCGGUCAAAGAUGCCAAUGAUGACAUAAACAGACACAAAAGUGAUCGGCAAGUGAACAACCGCAUGGUGAACGUCCUCAUCGAUGGAGUACUGAAAAAUGAAAAAUGGAUGAAUGUUCAGGUUGGGGACAUAGUUAAACUCGAGAGCAAUCAGUUUGUUACAGCAGACCUCCUGUUGCUGUCCAGCAGUGAACCUCUCAAUCUAGUCUAUGUGGAAACGGCUGAGUUAGAUGGUGAAACAAACCUGAAAGUGAAACAAGCCUUGACUCUCACAGGAGAGAUGGGAGACUCCAUUGAAGCUCUUUCUGCCUUCAAAGGUGAAGUGCGAUGUGAGCCUCCAAACAAUCGCUUAGACAAAUUCAAGGGAACCUUGACCGUGAAUGGACAGAAUUAUGGCUUGGACAAUGAUAAGAUACUGCUGAGAGGAUGCACUCUGAGAAACACAGAGUGGUGCUUCGGUCUGGUCAUCUUUGGAGGUCCUGACACCAAGCUAAUGCAAAACAGUGGAAAGACAAAAUUCAAGCGCACCAGCAUUGAUCAUCUGAUGAACAUCCUUGUGUUGUGUAUCUUUGGUUUCCUGUUUACCUUGUGCUUCAUUCUGGCCAUCGGCAAUGCGGUCUGGGAGGUGAAGGAGGGCUCCGUGUUCACUGUGUUCCUUCCACGGGAACCGGGUGUUAAUGCUGCUCUCUCCUCCUUCCUCUCCUUCUGGUCCUAUGUCAUUGUCCUCAACGCAGUGGUGCCCAUUUCCCUCUAUGUCAGUGUGGAGGUUAUCCGUCUUGGGAACAGCUUCUUCAUAAACUGGGACAGGAAGAUGUAUUAUCCCAAGAACGACACUCCCGCUCAGGCCAGGACCACCACACUCAACGAGGAGUUAGGCCAGAUUAAAUACAUCUUCAGUGACAAGACUGGCACUCUGACACAGAACAUCAUGACAUUCAACAAGUGCUCCAUCAAUGGAAAAAACUAUGGGGAGCUGUAUGAUUUUUCUGGACAAAGAGUUGAAAUAACGGAGAAAACACAAAAAGUGGACUUCUCCUGGAACAAGCUGGCAGAUCCGAAGUUUGACUUCCAUGAUUAUAAUCUAGUGGAGACUGUGAGAGAGGGAAACCCUGAAGCUCAGGCCUUCUUCCGCCUGCUGGCUCUGUGCCACACUGUCAUGCCUGAAGAAAAGAAAGAGGGUGAGCUAAACUACCAGGCGCAGUCUCCUGAUGAGGGCGCUCUGGUCACCGCAGCAAGGAACUUUGGAUUUGUGUUCCGCUCUCGCACACCCGAGACUAUCACCAUCAUGGAAAUGGGCGAGAAAGUCACAUACGAACUUCUGGCUGUUCUGGACUUUAAUAAUGUACGGAAGAGGAUGUCAGUAAUAGUACGCGGCCCUGAUGGGAAGAUGACGCUCUACUGCAAAGGUGCUGACACCAUCAUCUAUGAAAGAUUAGACCACUCUUGUAAAAGGUUGAUGAAAGUUACUACAGGACACCUAAAUGAAUAUGCAGGAGAUGGGCUACGCACUCUUGUUCUGGCCUACAAGCACUUGAAGGAGAACUACAUGGAGGAGUGGACACAGCGCCACCAUGAGGCCAGCACAGCCCUGGAAGGACGAGAGGAGAGACUCGAUCAACUUUAUGAAGAGAUUGAGAAAGACAUGAUUCUUUUGGGAGCGACAGCUGUUGAAGACAAGUUGCAAGACGGUGUACCACAGACUAUUGAGCAGCUGGCUAAAGCAGACAUCAAAAUCUGGGUGCUGACUGGCGAUAAACAAGAGACAGCAGAAAACAUUGGUUACUCUUGCAACAUGCUAAGGGAGGAGAUGAAGGAGGUUUUUAUUGUGGCUGCCAAUACACCUGACGGGGUCAAACAGGAGCUCCAGUAUGCCAGAAGGAAAAUGUGUCCCGAAUCAGCAGAGGAGCCAUCGGUGACUAAAGCUCGUGCAGGCCUGUUCUGGCUUCAGAAAACAGAGACGGUGCAGGAUGAACAAGUUGAAGGGGAUUAUGCUCUGAUAAUAAAUGGACACAGCUUGGCCUUUGCACUGGAGAAGGACUUGGAGUUAGAGUUGCUGAGAACAGCAUGCAUGUGUCAGACCGUGAUUUGCUGCAGGGUCACUCCUCUGCAGAAAGCCCAGGUUGUUGAGCUGGUCAAGAAAUACAAGCAGGCCAUCACUCUGGCUAUUGGAGAUGGAGCUAAUGAUGUCAGCAUGAUCAAGGCUGCUCAUAUUGGUGUAGGAAUUAGUGGUCAAGAGGGUAUGCAGGCAGUUCUCUCCAGUGAUUUCUCCUUUGCCCAGUUCCGUUACCUUCAGCGCCUCCUGCUGGUGCACGGGCGCUGGUCGUACCUUCGCAUGUGCAAGUUCCUACAAUAUUUCUUUUACAAAAACUUCACCUUCACAUUUGUACACUUCUGGUAUGCCUUCUUUUGUGGAUUCUCUGCCCAGACUGUGUAUGAUGAAUGGUUCAUCACUUUGUACAACUUGGUCUACACAUCUCUCCCAAUCCUCAGUUUGGGCCUAUUUGACCAGGACGUAAAUGACCGCUGGAGUUUUGAGUAUCCUCAGCUCUACUCUCCUGGCCAGCUCAACAUGUACUUCAGUAAAAAAGCAUUUGUUCACUGUAUGGUGCACAGCUGCUACUGCUCCCUGGUCCUCUUCUUUAUCCCCUGGGGAGCAAUUCACGACACAGUCAGAGAUGACGGCAGAGAUCUUGCAGACUACCAGUCAUUUGCUUUGCUGGCGCAAACCUGUCUGCUUGUCGUGGUGAGCAUUCAGCUAUGUAUUGACACCUAUGCCUGGACAACCGUAAACCAGUUUUUUGUGUGGGGUAGCUUGUUUGCCUACUUAGCUAUCACGUUCACCAUGUACAGCAAUGGCAUGUUUCUGAUCUUCACCUCCGUCUUCCCCUUCAUUGGAACCGUAAGGAAUUCCUUAAAUCAGCCAAAUGUCUGGUUGACCAUAUUCCUGACUUCCCUUCUCUGCGUGCUGCCUGUGGUGGCUCUGCGCUUCAUCCUCAUACAGAUUCGUCCAACUAUCAAUGACAAGGUGAGAUAUAAGACGCAAGUGGAAGCGCCGCCAGCACCUGCUCCUCGCCGUCCAGUGAGGCGUGUCAGCACCCGGCGAUCAGGCUACGCCUUCUCCCAUUCUCAAGGCUACGGUGCUUUGGUCACUUCAGAAAGGUUCCUGUUUAAGCGACCCCUGAAAAGUCUUCUUGCCUUUUCUGCCCAAACAGAAACGCCUCGGCCUCAGCUCUUCCGUCCCAUUCCAGAGUAACAAGAGGGCUCACAGGGAUCCCAGAAUUAGGAAAAAUCAUGUAGGGACUAACAUCUUGCAGAAAACUGAUACUAGUAGUAUUUAUGUAACAAACACUGGAUAUACAGGGUACAUUGGUUGGAACAGUUUAUGCUUAAUGUUUCUUUUGCAAUGAAUGGCAUCACCGUGAAAACCUAACGCCUUAAGUGUUAGUUCUGGUAUGGUUUGUUUUUACUGGUUUAUCUUCCAUUUCCUGCAGAGUGCAUCACUAUUAAACUCUUUCAAAACAUACCAGACAUGUAAGAAAAAACACAUAUUGUUCCUAAUAAUACUUGAGACACAACUGUGUGUUAAUGUUUUGUAUUUUUCUUUUGUUUAUUCUAAUCUAAUACUGUUAAAGAAGUUGUAACGUGACCAUGUAGAACAGUGAUUGUGUUUCUAAACCACAGACAGGGGGCAGUAUUGUCUUUCCAACUCGAUUUUAAGCCUAUUACAUCGGAAAUGUAGAUGAACUAAAGUUUAAUUUUCAUCCUGUUAAACAAUACCUCCAACAAACUGCAUGUCAUUCUUCUGAUUUAGUGUAUGUUCAAUCUUGUUUCAUCAUAAAUGUUUGUUUCAUACAGAAACCAAUAUAUUGCCACUUUUACUGAUUCAUUUUCUAUUGGAUUAUAAAAGAUUAUUACAUUUACUACACGUUUUAGCUGAAGCUUAUUCAUGAUUUUUUUUUUCUUCUUCCACAAAAUCGAUUCUGUUUGUUUUUGGGGGUUUUUUCCAUUGAUGUAGGCUGACUGAUGAAAGCACCGGAAAUUUUGUUUGGUUAUCAUAAAGAUUUAUGAACAAGAUAUUGUUUGGAAAACCAAUACACAAUAGCUCUGCUAGGCUUUUUUUUUUUUUUUUUUUUUGCAUACUGCAUGCAGCUACAAGCUCUCUUCCCUGUUCUUUCUCCUCUCCCACUCACUCUGUUCCCUCCAUCUCCUCCCACAUAUCCUUACUGCACUGUGCAUUUGCAGAGCCGCUCAUAACUCCAUUCAGCCCACAACUGCAGUGUCCUCUAAGCCAGUAAGUGAUGACCUCACUGGUGGAAGCUGUCCCGCUAUGGCACACAUCCAGAAGAGCUUUCAUUUUGCUCGCAGCUUCGCCAGAGCAGAUGGUGUAGAUCACACUUUAUGGCGCUGUGCAGACAUCCAUAAUGAAGAAACACAGCGAGGUCUCGGUUGGCAGACAAAAGACACCAGCGUCAAGGUUUAUAUGUCAUAUGCAAUAAAAACAUUGACUU